UUCACUAGUGGAAAACGUAAGCUACUGCUCUCACAGCCUGUAAGGAGGGACUUUCGGUCAACAGCCUCCCUCCACUUCGUGGUAGUCACCCUAACAACGCCUCAUCCCACCAACACCUUCAAAGCUCGAAGUUUCAAUAAGAUCUUAACUGGCAGGUAUUUUGUGUCAUGUCUGCUAUUGUAGAGCUUGAGCCUGGAUUACCUGACCAAGAGCAAGAAGGUGGUGGGAUGGGGCAUGACUCCAGACAAAUUGUCUUACAUGUGCUACCAAUCGAAGAUGCUUUUGACGACAUAGAUGGAACCGUAGCAUUUCUGGUUUCUCAGGCAGUCAUGAGAGCAAUUGCAGAGGAAGGGUGUGGGCAGGAGGAGAUAUGGCCUGAUGUUGAGGAGAUCUGGCCACAUUUGGAAGAUAUCUGGCCUGAAGAGGAGGAGGUAUGGCCUGAUGUUGAAGAGGACUGGUAUGUCUGGAAUGACCAGGAGAAUGAGGACAUUCAAAGGGAAGCAGAAUACAACCAGUACUACAAUAAUGAAGAUGAGGAUGACGACGACGACGACGAUGAUGAUGACGAUGACGACUAUGAAUACGAAGAGGAGGAGGAGGAAGAGGAGGAGGAGGAAGAUGAGGAGGAGGGAGAAGAACAAGAUGAGGUUCAGGGGGAGGAGAUCAUCCUGCAUGCCUAUUGAGGGCAAAGGAAGCCAUAGAUGAAGAUGGAAUCCAAUGAAUCGGUUCUUCGUG